AUGUUGUCUUUACCAAUUCUGCGCAGGUGCGCAUUGUCGCACUCCCGUUAUUCUGUGCCAGCAACAGCUCCUAUUUUUCUCGAUUUCCUCGUACCGUCAACAUUCAAGAAUGGCCAAUGUCGGCAGGCUUCAACUACAGCCGGCACCCCCGGUGACUCCAAACCUCUAUAUGUUCUCAGCAAAGAGCAACGAGAAUUCCUGGAUAGCGCCCUGAGAGUGAAUCAAGCCGGUGAACUCGCCGCAACCCUGAUUUACAAAGCCCAAACGCCUCAGAUCGUCCGCUCACACCCGCACCUCCGACCCUUGAUGAAACACAUGUACGACCAGGAAGCAGGGCAUCUCAAGACCUUCAAUCACCUCAUUGCCAAGCACCAAAUCCGCCCCACUGCCAUGUAUCCGGCAUGGGAGGUAGCCGCCACUUUUUUGGGUUGGUCGACUGCGGCAUUGGGUCGCGAAGCUGCAAUGGCAUGCACCGAAGCCGUGGAGACUGAGAUUGGAACACACUACAAUGACCAAGUAAGAGAAAUUCUAUCUUGGGAGGCAGAUGCCGAGAGACGGGGGGAGGAGUUGGAUAAUGAACUUAAAGAAAUGCUGGCCACAUUCCGAAGAAUUCGUGACGAGGAACUAGAGCAUCUCGACCAUGCCGUGGCCAACGACUCAAAGGAGGCCAAACCCUACGAUCCGCUCGUGGAUGUCAUUCGUUUUGGAUGCAGGACCGCUAUCAAGAUCAGCGAGAAGAUCUGA